UACCACGGUAUACGAAGACAACAAAGGUGCACAGCUGGAGGUGUGUCGAGACCUGCCCACAAGUUGCGCCAAUCAGAAUUUAGCAACUGGAAUGUCAAGGUGAAGACAUUUUUUAACGACACAAACAGCUGAAUUUUUGAUAACGUCAUCGAGUUAGUAGCACAAGAAGAGAUUUGAUAAAAGACUGGCAUGGCUCAAGAAAUAAAAAAAAACAAAUGGACUGUGCCUAUUUCCAAAAUGGCUCAGAACACGUUCAAUCCAAUAAGAAGUAUAGUAGAUACAAUGAAGCUUGAACCACAUCCAGAUAAGCCUAUGAUUGCAUUGUCCAUUGGAGACCCAACUGUUUUUGGGAAUCUGCCUAUGUCAGAAGAGAUUGAAAAUGCUGUGAUUAAAUGUAUUAAACAGAGAAAAUACAAUGGUUACGCUCCAUCGGUUGGUUUUGACUUUGCCCGUCAAGCAAUAGCAGAGUAUGUGUCAACACCUUCGUCACAAGUAGAGGCUAAAGAUGUUAUACUAACAAGUGGUUGUUCAGGAGCUCUAGAACUUUGUAUUUCCUGCUUGGCAGAACCUGGACACAAUAUUUUAAUUCCAAAACCAGGAUUUUCCCUGUACAAAACGCUGGCGGAAUCCCUUGGAAUUGAAGUUCGAAGUUAUAAUCUUUUGCCUGAGCACUCGUGGGAAAUCGAUUUGCAACACCUUGAAAAAUUAAUUGAUGAUGAGACUGCUGCAGUUAUUGUUUGCAAUCCUUCAAAUCCUUGUGGUUCCGCCUACAGGAAAGAACAUUUACUCGCCAUACUUGAGACAGUAGCCAGACAUAAGAAGCCAGUGAUUGCAGAUGAAAUUUAUGAACACUUUGUGUUCAAUGGCCAGGCUUACCAUUCUUUGGCUUCCUUAUCUACAGUCGUACCUAUUCUCGCUUGCAGUGGAUUAACUAAACGGUUUCUAGUUCCUGGCUGGAGACUAGGCUGGAUAGUCAUCAAUGACAGAAAUUAUGCAUUUACAGAGGUUAGAAAUGGUUUAUUGAAACUUUCUCAAAGAAUACUUGGACCUAACACAUUAGUACAAGCUGCUCUACCAGAGAUUCUCAAACUUACACCUCAGAGUUUCUAUACAGAGACACUGGAGUAUCUUGAGACAAACGCACAAUUAUUCUACAAGUAUUUAAGUAAAAUUCAGGGCUUGAUGCCUAUUAUGCCCAGAGGAGCAAUGUAUAUGAUGAUUGGGAUUGAUAUGAGACAUUUCCCCGAGUUCACAUCAGACAUCGAGUUCACACAGUUAUUAGUCACAGAGCAAAGUGUAUUUUGUUUACCUGCCUCUUGUUUUCAAUACCCAAAUUACUUUCGUGUGGUGCUGACAAUACCAACAGAGAAAGUCCAAGAAGCCUGUGAUAGAAUCAAAGAAUUUUGUGCUCAACAUUACCACUUUCCAGCUGAUCCUUUUGUACAAAGUGUUAAAGGGCAUAAGAAUGAGCAAAUAAAUAACACAUCAUAUGUCAAUGGACUCUGCCCAAAUGGGCAUUAUGAAAAUGGUAAAUCAAAUGGUAUUGAAGUAAAUGGUCUUCAUGAUGCAGAAAAAUAGGUUGAUGCAAUUCUGUUAUUGUUGAAUGUUUAUAGUUGUCAAAAUAUUUUGUUCCUUUAUGUGUUAUUUAAACAUUCCAAUUGUUGUCAACUACUUUUCAUUUUUUGAAAGUGAACUUUAAAAUAUACAUGCAAACUUUAUGUUUGUAUACCUACACCAUGUUUUAAACUGGAUUUUAUAUUACAUGCACCAUGUUAGAAACACGAUUCCAUUAGUAGUGAUACUACUGUGUAGUGACCAGGUGCAAUAGCUUCGAAAUGUUUCAUCAAAACCAUGCACUUUUGUGUGUUUAAACCGUAAGUGUAAUUAUAGAAAGCUUAUAAACGUUAAAAAAAAAAAUUAAUUAGAAAUUCUUGCCAUAACAUGCAAGAUCUGUGGGAAAGUCUAGCUGACCUACUGGGAUUCCCGUCAUUUCAUUAAAAACAAAGUAUUGCUGACGUCAGAAUAAAAAACAUUUAGUUUUUUCUAUACUCUAGAAAUUUCUAUGACGUCAUUUGUGUGCGUGAACUCCUACCCAGUUUGUGUGUUGGGCUCGUGCAUCUAGUUUUAAGACUUUCUCAAAAACAUGACAUUUUUUUUUUGUUGUUGUUGUGGCAUAGCUAUGAGCCUUUUCGUAGACUGAGCAUAGUGUUAUAUUAAAGAUAAUGUUAAGUACAACACAAUUAUGUUCUAUCAAGUUUUAAGCACGACCUCAAUUCAAAUAUGAUUUGUUUUAUAACACUGUGCACAAACGGAGACCCCAGCAAGAGACAUUUAAAAAAAAAGUGAAAUGGGUGGAUUUAAAAGGCAUAGAAAUAUUAUAAUACAUUCGUUAAUUAUAAACACCUUUUUUGAAAUAUUAUUAUUUAAUCUUAGAAUAUUUUCAAAUUUUGGCCCUCACUCUAAUCCAAGCUCAUAUUUAAUGUAGAGUUAUAAUUCAGUUAUUCCUAAAUGCAACACUUGACAAAUACAGCAGUCUAUGUUCGGACAAAAGUAAAUUGGUGAAAUUAACAUGCUUAAAAACGAUUUUAUUGACCUAAUACCAGAGAUGCUAAAAGCUAUAAUUUUUUUAUUUUUUUUUUAAUUUAUUUUUUUUUUUUUUUCAAAUUUAUAGUCCUUGGCUUGUGGAUCAUAGGAUGCUGUUUUGAUUUCUAUAGACAUUAUUCUUUUAUAUCUAUUAGAUUAGACUGUAGCAAUAUUGUUUUGAAGUGUUCACAUACUAUUGUUGAUGAAAUCAAUAUGAAUCUCAUAUACACAUUUUUUUUUAUACCAAUGUACCUAUUUAAUAGUACUUCAAGAAUUUUUUUUAAAGUCUUAACAUAUACUAUAACUAUUUGGAUAAUUGACAUUUUAUGUUUAAAAACUGCCACACUUACACCCCUGUAUCCACAUUUUUUUGAGUAAAAACCAGAUUAAUAAACAAUUUUUGCUUUAAUGA